AUGAAUACCCAUGACCGUUCUAACAGCGAUCGCUCCUUAUUCCCAGUACUUCAGACCACCAAAACAGGGCCUGGCCAAGCUGCGAUCCCCAUCUGGCUGCCAUCGCCUUCCGCCUCCCUGGCCAGCUUUGCUCAGAAGCAUGGAGUCGAUCCCUCGGAUCUCCUGCACAUCUGCUGGGCGAAGAUUUUGAGAGCCUAUACGCGCUCCGAAACGCCUCGAUUCUUGUGCAUUGACCGCGAAACAUGCUUCCGGGUGCGAAGUAUCGACUUCACCAAGCAGCCCGAGGAGCCUGAUGCCAUCCAUUCUCUCCAAACACUGGCGUAUCUGGAGACAUCGGGAGUUGAUGAUGUGGAGCGGAUGUACCACCUCAAUACUGCCGUAUUAUGGGAUUCUCCCGCACAGCUUCAAUGCAAUCUACCCAUCAGCAUUCACGCACAAGACGAUGGACCUUAUUGGAAGGUCCAGUUCAAAUAUCAAAUGUCUAUGCUUGCGGAAGAACAUGCCAUUCAGCUCGCGGAUCUCGUCUCGCAUACUCUGGCGGACCUUGUCAGCGACUCCGGCUCCAACUCCCCCAACAUGUGCUCAAAACAAACCAUAGUCCAGCUGUCACUCUGGAAUGCCAAUCUGCCGGUAAUCUCCCAGUCUUGUGUCCAGGAUCAUGUUUUCCGUCACUGCCGCGACAAUCCGAGUAGUCUCGCCGUCUGCGCGUGGGAUGGAGAAAUCACAUAUGGCGAAUUGGACCAUCUGUCUUCAUUGCUGAGCAGACAACUCACUGCGAGUGGAGUUGGGCCCGAGGUCUUCGUGGCCAUCUACCUCGWCAAAAGUCGUUGGAUAUCAGUCGUUAUCCUUGCAAUCUUGAAAGCGGGAGGUGCAUUCUACUUCAUGGACGUUGCCUUCCCUGUUGAGCGAUUGCGCCAGAUGAGCCAAAAAUUGGACUCUCAUCUCAUUGUGACUUCACCAGUACUCGCCGAGCAAGCAGCAACGAUAAUCACGCAUACAAUUGUCAUCGAUGAGGAGCAAAUGCUCUUGCUUCAAACUCAAGCCAUCUCUGCUGGUGAUCCACCAACUCCGACUAAGCCACAAAAUGCCGUCUAUGCAGCCUUCACCAGUGGUAGUACAGGAGUUCCCAAAGCCGCAAUCAUCGACCACUAUUCAUACUGCUCUGCAAACCUCGAAAUACUCAAAGUUAUGAACUAUCGUCCUGGAGGCAGGGUCUUGCAAUUUUCCGCCGCUGGCUUCGAUAUUUGCAUCCAGGACCACCUGAAUGCUAUGAUGUCAGGCUCUUGUCUUUGCAUACCACCAAGACUGUCCCAAGCCCCCAAUUUUCGUGAGAUAAUCACGCGGAUGCACGUCAACUUUGCCAUCAUCACUCCGACCUUGGCCCGUCUCCUUCGCCCUUCAGAUCUUCCUUCUCUCGAGGUACUUGGUCUGGUAGGAGAGCCCUUCAUUGAUCGUGAUAUCCAGACUUGGAAACCCCACGUUCGCCUGUUCAACACAUAUGGACCCGCUGAGUGUAGCGCUCUSUCCAGCGUACAGUCAUAUGAGCAGAUGACGGAACAAAAUAUCAUUGGCCCUUCCAAGACUGCGCUUUACUGGAUUGUAGACCCAAAUGAUCGCGAGAAGCUUGUGCCAAUCGGCGCCAUUGGAGAACUUUUGAUCGAGGGUCCAAUUGUUGGAAGGGGUUACGCCGGGGAUCUGAAGCAGACCAAGGAGCGCUUCAUCAAGGCUCCGAGCUGGCGAUCCCAGUUCCCUAGUGACUGCGAAAGCCGAUGGUACUGCACAGGGGAUCUCGUUCAGUAUGUGGAUGGAGGCGCAAUGCGAUACAUUGGUCGCGCUGAUUUCCAGGUGAAGUUGAGAGGCCAACGCAUGGAACUCGGCGAAGUUGAGUGUCGUAUGCGUGAGAAACUUCCGCCGGGAACAGAUGUGAUUGCUGAACUCAUCACGCCAAAAGGCGACGCGACAUCCAUACUGAUUGGUUUUGUGAGAGGUCCGGACCAGAUUACCUUCAAGGAUGAGGAUGGCGGCAUAUUCGCAGCUCCAAGCCAAAAGUCUCGAGCUGAGGCUGCACGCUUAGUUGCACAUUUGACGGCUUGUCUACCAAGUUACAUGGUGCCCUCAUCUAUACUACCGCUACACACGAUCCCAAGCACACAUACUGGCAAGACCAACCGCAAAGAAAUCCAACACUUGGCGUCGCAGCUGAGCCUUGAAGAAAUCCAUGGCUUUAUGCACGAAGCUGUUGAACGACGUCUUCCCGAGACGCCAGCUGAAAGGACAAUUUGUCAAUUAGUCGAGGAGGUCUUACAAAUCCAGGAUGUUGGGAUGAAUGACAAUUUCUUCAGACUCGGCGGGGACUCGUUACGAAUCAUGGAAUUGACACGUCAAGCCAAGGAUGCUGGAAUAUUCAUUACCACUGAGAACGUCUUGCGAGCUUCGUCGCUCUCAGACCUGGCACAUUCGAUGAGCCCCAUUGGCAGGAUCGAAGGUAAAGUACCGCAGUUCCAACUGCUUCCAGACGAUCCCUCCAAGGAGCGAAUCAUUCGUGCAGCCAUGGAUUCCUGCAACGUAGCAUCUUUGGACGAACUGGAUGACAUCUACCCUUGCACUCCUUUGCAGGAAAGCCUCAUGGCCCUAUCCGUGCACCAAAUCAAGCCUACUUAUGUCAUGCACUCAGUCCAUGACUUGGCUCUGGAGAUCGAUGUCGAGAAGCUUCAACAGGCGUGGAACAAGGUGAUUUCACUCAACCCCAUCUUGCGCACACAGAUCGUGCAGGUGUCUAGCAUAGGCAUGUUGCAAGUCGUGGUCGGAGAGCGCGCUACUUCCAUCUGGGAGAUGGCUGAGGACCUGGAAGAGUUACGCGGCAAAUGCGAGCAAUGGUCCAUUGAAUAUGGCAGACCACUCAUGCGACUCUUACUGUGCUGA